CUUAGAACCUCAUCAGCAGUGACCAUGUCGACCAGCGGCCUAAAAGCGAUAUCCCCAGUGCCCACAGCGGCCGAUUUCUUGGACAUUGUAUUGUCCAAAACACAACGUAAAACACCAACGGUGAUUCAUAAAAACUUUAAAAUCAGCCGCAUACGAGCUUUCUACAUGCGCAAAGUCAAGUUUACACAAGACUCAUUCGACGAAAAGCUGGGGGCAAUCCUUUCCGAGUUCCCCAUGCUUGAUGACUUACAUCCCUUUCUUGCGUCGCUGAUGAAUGUGCUGUAUGACAAAAACCAUUACAAGCUUGCUUUGGGCCAGCUUCGUACCGCUCGCCAUCUCAUCGAUCACAUCGCCAAGGAUUAUGUGCGCCUAUUGAAAUUCGGCGACAGCUUGUAUCGGUGUAAGCAACUCAAGACGGCUGCCCUUGGUCGGAUGGCGACAGUUAUGCGACGCCAGAAAGAUCCUCUUGCCUACCUGGAACAAGUCCGGCAACACAUCUCACGUCUUCCGGCUAUAGAUCCAAAUACACGAACGCUUCUUAUUUGCGGAUAUCCAAAUGUGGGGAAGUCUUCAUUCAUGAACAAGGUCACGCGUGCCGAUGUCGACGUACAACCAUAUGCGUUUACCACGAAAUCACUCUUCGUUGGCCACCUUGAUUACAAGUAUUUGCGGUGGCAGGUUAUCGAUACCCCUGGUAUUCUAGAUCAUCCUCUGGAGGAAAUGAACACGAUCGAGAUGCAGAGCAUAACUGCCCUCGCGCACCUGAAAAGUUGUAUUUUGUAUUUUAUGGAUCUGAGUGAACAAUGUGGUUACACGGUGGAAGCACAAUGUAAACUUUUCCACUCCAUAAAACCCCUGUUCGGUGGGAAGCCGACGGAUUCUCAAGACCUUGCGCCGGAAAAUAAGGCCCUCGUGCAGGAGAUUAUUGACAAGGAAGAUGUGCAAUGUGUCCAAACUUCAUGUUAUUCUGAAGAGGGUGUCAUGCAACUCAAAAAUACAGCUUGCGAUGCCCUUCUGGCCCACCGAGUCGAAACGAAGCUCAAAGGGAACAAGGUGGAUUCCAUAGUUAACAGGAUCCACGUUUCCAUACCUACGCCCCGCGACGACAUCGAGCGCCCGCCGUUUAUUCCUGAUGCUGUCAAGGAAAAGAGGAAGUACGAUAAAAAUGACACAGGGGGCAAGAAACUUCUUCGGGAUGUUGAAGCUGAGCAAGGCGGCCCUGGCGUAUAUAGCAUUAAUCUGAAAAGCAACUACUUGCUCGCGAAUCCUGAAUGGAAGAUGGAUAUCAUGCCGGAGAUCAUGGAUGGCAAGAACAUUGCAGACUUCGUUGACCCUGAUAUUGCCGAGAAGCUAGAGGCGCUCGAGCGCGAAGAGGAGCAGCUGGAGGCAGAAGGAUACUACGACAUUGAUGAAGAUAUGUUUGAUUCUGAGGACGAGCAAGAAGCGGCCACAAUGCAAAAGUCGCUCGAGCAUAAGAUACAGUCACAAAGCAUCAAGAAGGCACAAAAGAACCAGGCUCGAUUACCGAGAACAGCUGGUCUACGCACUCUAAGUGAAUUAACGACAUCAUUAAAGAAGGCAGGGUACGAUCCGAGUAGCAUACAGCAACGGGCGGAGACGUUGGCCAAGGUGCAAAGAGCCAAGCGAAAGCGGGCGGAAGCUGAGACAGAUGCUGGUAUGGAGGUUGAUAACGAGAAUGUAAGUGAAAGUGAUGAGGGCGAUUGGAUGGAUGUCGACGGUGAGGAAACUCCCAACAAACGUGCCAAGAGCAAUUCUGGAGCUGUUAUUGCGAAACAUCCAAGGGCUCCACAAUCAAACCGACAGCUGGCUGGCUUGCGGGACGAGCAGCAAGCAUCUAAAGCUGUUAAGCUACGUAACUUGGGUCAAAGACGGCGCAAUAUGCUUGCAAAAGCUGGCGAGAGUGAUCGUGCUAUAAGAGUCAAAAUGCCCAAGCACCUGUUUGCUGGCAAACGAAAAGCUGGAAAGACAGACAGGCGAUGAUUGGUUACUUAGCCCCAUUGUGUGCUGCCUCAGAACAGCCACGUCCUUUUUCUCCGUUAUUCCUUUGCAACUUCACUACUGCUUACAUCACAAUGACCCAUCCACAUAUGUAGGUCAUGCCCUUGCCCCAUUUCCAUGGUCAUUACGAGCAUAAGAACACGGGGAUCUGUGCGACGACAAAGCCUGCACGGAUCGCCAAUUACAGUAAGGAGGACCCGGGAUGAAGCCGUACCGUCUAAGAUUGAACAGUCAACAUGUAAGUAUCACAUAUUUGAGGAGAGAACGGUCCCGAUGCGUUUCUCCGC